UUCUUUCACACUACGUCCUGACUUGGCCGAGAAGGCUCUGGACCGGAGAGCUCCUAUACAAAGGCUGGAGGCUGGACUGGAGCGGUAGUUCGCUGGCAUUGGCAUUGGCAUUGGCCAAGGAGCACUGAGCAUGGACCCGGAACUCGUGCUCCACCUCCAGAUCGCCGCGGUGGUCGUGAUGGCGGUCAUCAUCGUCGCCGUGGCCGUCAUGGCCACCGGUGGAGCCUGCGACGACGCGGCCGGCGCCACCGGGAGCGCCGCGGUGCACGACGCCGACGUCGAGGCCGCCCUCGGCGACGACACGCUCAUGACGUACGAGCAGGCGGCCGCCAGGAAGAAGGAGAAGGAGAAGGGGGAGGGAGAGGAGGAGCGGUGCGCCAUUUGCCUGUCGGAGUACGGCGAGGGCGAGGCCGGCGAGCUGGUGCGGGUGGUGCCGGCCUGCGGGCACUUCUACCACGCGAGCUGCGACGUCGACCGCUGGCUCCGGAAGCGCCGGACGUGCCCGCUCUGCCGCGGAGGGCUCGGGCCGCCGCCGCUGCCGGGGCUGCCGCGGUCGGAGUGCCCGCCGAUGCCGCCGCGGAUGACGUCUUUAGCUUAGCGUGUCUCCUUUUUCGACGGCUGCUUGUUAGGAUUCGUGCUCUUGCGGAGUGCAGAGGAUGCUGCAGCAUUGGGCGCUUGCAGUUGGAAAUGGUGAAUGCAAAUUAUUUACUUUCCGUUGCUUCCAAAGGAAAUAUUGUAUUGUCACGCCAGUUACCAAGAAAAUUCUGUCGCAAUGCGUGAUGAAAAUGGGCGCCGGACAAGAGACCAGAAUACCAUCUCACACACAGGC